UAUGGCUCUCUCCAGAGGUUUGAGAUGCUGUCAGCGGGUUUUCUCCUGGAUACCCGUGCUUAUAAUAACCUCCGUGGUGCUGUGGUCAUACUACGCCUACGUAUUUCAGCUAUGUCUCUUUACACUCACUAACACAUUAGAAAAAGUGGCCUAUCUACUGGUGUUUCAUGUUUGCUUUGUGAUGUUCUCCUGGACUUACUGGAAGUCCAUCUUUACUCCUCCUGCAUCACCAUGCAAAAAGUUUCAGCUGUCGUACUCAGACAAGCAAAGAUACGAGAUGGAAGAGAGGCCGGAUGCUCAGAAACAAAUCUUGGUUGAGAUUGCAAAGAAACUGCCCAUCUUCACCCGAGCUCAGUCUGGAGCUAUCAGGUUCUGCGACCGCUGCCAGGUACUGAAGCCUGACCGCUGUCACCAUUGCUCAGUUUGUGAAACGUGUGUUUUGAAGAUGGACCACCACUGUCCCUGGGUGAACAACUGUGUUGGCUUUUCCAACUACAAGUUUUUCCUGCUUUUCCUCUCCUAUUCCAUGCUGUACUGUAUAUUCAUCGCAUCCACAGUCUUUCAGUAUUUCCUCAAAUUCUGGGUGGGGGACUUGCCAAAUGGGCCCGCAAAGUUCCAUGUCCUCUUCCUCAUGUUUGUGGCACUCAUGUUCUUUGUCAGUCUCAUGUUCCUCUUCGGUUACCACUGUUGGUUGGUGGCCAAAAACAGAUCCACUUUAGAGGCCUUCUCAGCUCCAGUUUUUGUCAGUGGACCAGACAGAAAUGGCUUCAAUGUUGGCAUACGCAGAAACCUGCGACAGGUGUUUGGAGAGGACAGGAGACUGUGGUUCAUCCCUGUCUUCACAAGUCAGGGAAAUGGGCACUACUUCCCCUUGAAGAAUCGGAGUGAAUCACAGAAUCCCUUAUUAGCUAAUGAGGAGAUGUGGGAGGAGUCAGAUGAUGGGUCUGAGGAAGGAAGCUUGGUUGAGGACCAAGAUCCCUCUGUUACCAUAGAGAUGGAGGAAUAGAAGUUAAUGUAAGGACAAUUUACACUGGUACGGAAGAUGUGAAUUCCUAUCGCGCACACUGUGUAUCAAGAGGCAAAUGCAUUCCAAAUCUUGCAAAUGUUCAGACACUCCGAAAGAAGUUCGAUAAAGGUCCAAACGUGUGGAUGAAACCUGCAUUUGGACUGUCCUUGCCGCUCUUACCUUGGUGUUUAACAUAAGAAUGAUGAAGAAAAGAAUUGGAUGGACAACCAGCAACAUCACGACGUAGCAUCCUCACAGAUGGAUGAACGUCAGUAUUGUUCAAUUUGGAGAAAAAAACAAACAAACCCAAAACUUGUCAAGUAUCAGCUCGCAUAUGUAGAAGAUAACAAACAAUGGCUGUUACAUUGUUCUGUGGUUGUUCAUCUCAAGGUGUCGCUCUCUAACUGGCCUCUCUAAAUUACUGUAAAUUGGGAAGCUUCUGUCUGACACUGUACUGUUUUAUAUGCCUCUGUUCCAGUGUUGGCCUGUGCGUUUACAGUGUUUGCACCUUAGAACCUGGUCUGUGCCGGGUGCUAUCUAAUUUGACCUCACACUCAUAUUGCUCCAGAGGUCUCUCGUGAUUCAGUUGACUGGCCUAUCACCCAGGGUCUUGCAGCAUAUUAUCAUAUCUUAUUUUUUUUCAACAAACUCAAGCAUAUUAGAAUAGAAUACCUGACUUAACCUGCGCCUUACAUAUCUAUUUAUAUAUUCCUGAUUUUUGGGAAUCCAUUUUCCCAAAGAAUGUAUUUAGCACCCUGCUAUUGAGUGCCAACGUUUCAGGCACACAAAAGAACCUAACAUAUGCUUUAAUAUCUAUUUUCAGCAUUACUAAGCACGUCUGUUCAGACUGCCGACAGUUAUAAAAAACAAAAGUAGCUUUAGC